UAAGAAACGGAUCCAUAUGAUACUCGUACUGAGAGCUCUGCACUACGCCUCUACACUGUCAGUGUAAAAGAGCUCCUUACAGAGAAGAGGGUCCACUCAGCGAGUUAAAAAGUCAGCGUGGUUUUAACUGACUAUACCAUCAUUUCCGAGCAAAUGGAGAGAAGAUCGGCAUGUGCUUGUCACUGUCACAGACAAUUAUUUGGAUUUCAUAUAGAAGAACAGAGAAAAACAGAAUUCGUCUUGUCUCAGUGGACUGACAGGCCAGUACUAUACGCCCUGUACCGAAGCCUGGUGAGUCUCUACACCAUCGGCGUGGUGGUGUACACGGCCAUCAACAAUGAAUACGGGGUAAAGAUAUUCAUCUGGCUGACAUAUUGGUCAUACUACAUCCUGGCAACCGGCUUCCUCAUCCGGGCUCUCACAGUGUGGCUCCAUGUCUAUGGGCAGAAAGAUAAAGAUCGUCUCCGUCUGCCGGACCGACUACUACAAGUACAAUGGAUAUUACAGACGCUGACGUGUGCGACCGCCCCAGUUGUGUGCGUGCUCUUCUGGACGGUGGUUUACCAAGGUGCGGGCGUGGAUUUUACCACCGUCAAUACCCACGCCAUCAACCUCAGCCUUGUCGUCCUCGACUUGUACAUAUCUCGCUAUCCAAUCAGAGUUCACCAUUUCUACGUCGGCAUGUGUUUCUUCACGACGUACUCGGUGUUCACCGCCAUCUACUGGGCGACAGGGGGAACUAACCACCUAGGACGACCCUAUGUGUAUUCUGCACUCAACUACACGGAGGACCCAGGCUAUGCCCUCAUCUUCGUGUUCUCGGUGACUCUAGCAGCGGUCCCUUUAAUCCACUGUGUUAUGUACGGGCUGUACAGGUCCCGAGUGGCUGUGUGGAACAGGUGUCGCCGAGCUGGAGAAGACGGUGUGCAGGAGACAUUGGUAGCCCUGACAACCCAGUCAUCUGCCACUGAUGUUUGAAUAUCUCUGACUUAGUGCUCAUUUGGUUCUUGAUCACAAGUUGUUGAUCAAGGUUACACCAUUCCUGUUAUUAGUAAAGCUUUCGAAAUGUUUUAUAGUAGACUUGUGGACAGCAAUUACAAAUCUGACACACCACUGACAAAAAUGUUUGAGGCAAUUCCCUAAAUUGACUUGUGCCAUAUGUUCAAUGUUUUUCCUGUGGACAAUUAACUUGACUAGGUAUGUGUUUGUAACAGGUGCCAUCAAUGUGGCAGGAUACUCUUGCCUCUUGGAGGACAGCUGGUAUCAUCAGUAGUCAGGGGCGUAGGAACGGUGUGUGUGUGUGUGUGUGUGUGUGUGUGUGUGUGUGUGUGUGUGUGUGUGUGUGUGUGUGUGUGUGUGUGUGUGUGUGUGUGUGUGUGUGUGUGUGUGUGUGUGUGUGUGUGUGUGUGUGUGUGUGUUGGGGGUGUUGGUUUAACCCCCCACUUUUUUUAAGACGAAACCAUAUCUACCUUACCAUAACUAUAAUUUCAUUUUGAUUUUCAAUACUUUUCAUAAAUCAGACCCUCCCCUCUUAAAACGAUUCCUACGCCCCUGCUAGUUGAAAUGAUUGAUUAACACGUGAGCAUAUAGAUAGCCGGAAUCACACAAUUGAUUACCGAAAGAUUUCUGUCGAUAUUAUAUAUACCGAGGGAAA